AUGUUUGUGGGAACCCCUCUCGAUAGCAGUUCAACCUGUCCCGUCCAAGCAAACGGUCCAGACCCCAAAAGUCCAGAUUCUCAGUCAGAUGGUCCUUCAUCUUCUUCUCCACAUCAUUCGCCUCCCUGCUGGGCAACCCAGGCUCAGAGCGACCUCGCCCAGGCCCGGGAGGAGUUACGUCAGAUUCAGCUACGUCGUGCAACUGAGAUUGAGACGGUUAAGCGGGGCGUAGAACGGGCGAUCCUCGGAGCACGCAGAGAAGAGAAGCGUCUGCUGGAGAGGGUGGAGCAGGACCAUAGGGACACUCAGCAACGUUUGGAACAAGUUGAGAGAGAGAACAUGGCAGCUGCCAGGGUGAGUCAGUCUCUGUUGGAGCAAAGGUCAGUGUCAAUGUCAGUCAUAGAUGGUUCCUCUCAAGAACACAAGAGAGGCAGAGAGGAGAGAGGAGAGACAGCCCUGGUGGAGUUGGAGGAAGAGGUCGAUCCAUUGCUCAUGGAAAUCACUGCAAGCGGUGUUCAGCUCAUGGGGCAGUUUGGGAGGCAAGGUUCAGGCCGGGCUGAUCUUACCCUGCCAAGUGGUAUCCAUGCCACAUCACAGGGGCAGCUCUUUAUAGUUGACUGCGGAAAUGCACGUGUCCAGGUGACUGACCCUCAGGGGAAUGUCCUUCAGCAAGUAAGUUCACCAAACAUCAGUGGCUCCUCCAGAAGAUGCCGUAACUACUUUGACAUUGCCGUCAAUGCCAAGGGUCUAAUCGCCUUAAGCUGUGCUGCAGAAAGAGCUUUGCUUGUGUUCAGCCGACAUGGUCGCCUGCUCCAGACUUUUGGAGGAUCUACGUUGGGCACUGCAAAGGAUGAGCUAGAAGCUCCCCGAGGGGUGGCUGUAACUAGACUAGAUGAAUUCUUGGUAGCUGAUAUCAGAAAAGGUACCCUCAUCGCCCUGAAGCUUGACCCUAAAACGGGCUCCAGGCUCGAACGCACAGUGGUGACCGGAUUCCACAGGCCUUACUUGGUGGCAACCUGCUUGAGCUCAGGCAUGGUAGCAGUGUCCGAAAGGGGCAAUGAAACAGGACGAGUGCCUUGCAUCAAAGUUCUGGAGCCAAGCUGGAACACAGUGAGAGUUCUUGGCGUAUGUGCUGGCAUGGGACCAGUCCUCACAUCUCCCUGGGGCAUAUGCAUCGACAAAGACAGCAAUAUCUUAGUUGCAGACUGGGGAGAGCAGCACAGAAUUGUGUUGUACUCUGCUCAAGGCGUGGGCUGGCCCAUCGUACGCCAGGGAUUGAGCAGCCCACGCGGCCUGACCUUAUUACCAGACGGGCAACUAGCCGUGUCCGACAGCAUGCACCAUUGCAUUAAGAUUUACAAUUAUAAAGGGUGACAUGACUAAAUUGACCUUAUUUACAUUUAAGGAGAAGGUUUGACAAACUGGUGAGGUAAACACUGGUAUCUAGAACUUGUAUUAAAAUAAUAAAAACAAUCUAGUUCAUCUUACCGCUGAUGUGGUAAUGGUCAGAUAUGUCUGUAAGGAUGAUACAUCCUAUCAGUUUGACGAUGAUACAGUAUAAUUUUGAGUUUGCAGUAGCUGGAAGACACAUUUGGUUGCCUUUGUAAGUCCAAGGGUAUCCUUAAAAAAAGAAGCAAUAUAAACCUGUAAAGAUUCAAAACACUGCCUAGCAUGUGUUAAGGUUAUCUACCAUUGGUAUUUUAGUUUGUCUUUAUUUUGUUGUUUGCUGUGUGGCUUUUACAAUCGAGAGGCGUUACAUCAUUUGUAGUACAGUGAACCGUCGCUAUAUCGCGGUUCACCUUUCACGGUCUCGCUGCUUCACG